AACAUUGAGCGGGUGUAAAUCUCACGUAAUCUCGGUAAUUGAACGUAGCAGACAAAAACUGAAAACGGAAUAGCUGCAGAAAUUAUAACGAAACCCGAUAACGGAUUACGAAAGGAAUUUCAGUGUCAAUACUUAUUAAUAUUUAGUUUGCAAGUGUUUAUAGAUAAAAUAUAUUUAAAUAUAAAAAUAAUUUAAAUUUCUUGGAAACAAAAAUUGAAAUGUUUGUGCAAAAAGUGUUUGAAAAAGCAUCGCAAUCAGAGCUAUGGAGUUUUGCCAGUCUAUCACUGUUUCUUUUGAUACUCUUUACAUUUCGCGACUAUUUGAAAACGGUGUUUCUAUCACUGAAACUGUCCGGACCGACGGCAGUUCCCGUUAUGGGUAAUUGUUUGCUGCUAAAAGAGAAGAAUUUAAUGCGUCAGCAUGCCGCCAAAGCAAAAGAACUCUAUGGUUCUUUGGUACGAAUUUGGGUCCUGUUAUUCCCAUUCUUUAUGGUCCUACAACCGGAUGAUCUACAAAUGAUAUUGUCAUCGAAAAAGCACACCAACAAAGUAUUUUUCUAUCGAUUUAUGUAUAACUUUUUGGGCAAGGGUCUGAUAACGAAUAGCGGCGACAAAUGGCAUACCCAUCGCCGGCUAAUUCAGCCCACAUUUCAUUUGAGCAUCCUAGAACGAUUUAUAGGCACCUUUGCUGAUGCCUCACAGGCUUUAUAUGAAAAAUUGGAUCCUUUGGUUGGACAAAAUAUCAAUAUAGCAAAUUUUGUCAAUGAUUGUAUUAUUGAUAUAUUGAAUGAGGCCGUAUUGGGAGUACCAAUCAAGAAGAAGGAUUUGAAUAUGGAAGAAUCGCCAUUCAGAAAAGGUAAAAUUCAAAUACCACAGCGUUUUCUCAAACCUUGGCUACUCUUCGACGGAAUCUAUCAAAUGUCCAAAUUGGCUUCGGAUGAGCUGAAGCAAAAGCGGCUACUCGAUGAAUUUACACGAAAAAUGAUACAGCAUCGUCGUGAAAUGAAACAGAACAAUGAAAUAACAGCAAAAAAAUGUCUGCUCGAUUAUAUGAUUGAAAUAUCCGAUGGUAAUCCAAGUGAGUUCAAUGAAGAUGACAUUGUCGAUGAGGCCUGUACAUUUAUGUUGGCUGGACAAGAUUCGGUGGGUGCGGCUGUGGCAUUUACAAUAUUUCUACUGGCACAAAAUCCCGAUUGCCAAGAGAGAUGUAUGGAUGAAAUUGAAAGGAUAUUCGGCAGUGAUGAUCGUGCUCCCACAAUGCAAGAUUUGCGUGAAAUGCGUUAUUUGGAAAUGUGUAUCAAGGAAUCGUUGCGACUCUAUCCCAGUGUUCCGCUGAUAGCCAGGAAAUUGGGUGAAGAAGUGAGGCUAACGAAAUUUACCCUUCCAGCCGGUAGUAAUAUCUUCAUUUGCCCCUUUGCAACACAUCGUCUGCCCGAUAUCUAUCCCGAUCCGGAGAAAUUCGAUCCGGAACGUUUUAGUCCUGAAAACUCGGAAAAGCGUAAUCCCUAUGCCUUUUUGGCUUUUAGUGCCGGUCCACGCUACUGCAUCGGUAAUCGUUUUGCAAUAAUGGAAAUCAAAACUGUCAUCUCAAGACUAUUGCGGAGUUACCAUAUUUUACCGGUGGCUGGUAAGACAAAUAUUGAGCCAGUGUUUCGCAUUACACUACGAGCAUCCGGCGGUCUUUGGGUGCAUCUGAAAUCGCGUGAAAAUAACAAACUUAUUGAUCUAAGCAGUUAAGUUAGUGUAUAAUUUCGGGUAGUUAGUAUGUAGGCAAUGUAGAUAAGAGAGGGAAUGAUGAAUGCGUAGUUUCUUAAAGCUGCUAUCAGACGAUAAGUGUUUUACAUAUGUGAAUGUCAAAAUGGCCAUUUUACAUAUGACUCAUAAUUCAUGCUAUCAUACACAUGCAUAUGUUUUUUUAUUUUCUUUGGCUACAUUGUGAUUACAUUGUAUUUUCAAAAAAAAAAUUAAAACUUUUAUGGAUGAUUUUUUACCGCAAAUUUAAUGUUAUAUACAUGGUAAAAUUAAGAAGGAAAAGUCAUUUCAAAUAAGCAUUUCCAUCUCCGCAUUUUCUGCAAUUUACCUUGUCACAUUUCACUACAUUAAAACAGGUUCCCAUCUCUGAUUUAUAGUACAGAUUUUGACAUCUCAAAUGAAUAAUUUUUGAAAAAAAGUUGUUAACAUAUGGUUGCAUGACUUUACCUUCUUGAUUCUACCGUGUGUUUUAUAUUUUCACACAACAAACAGACAACACUUUUGAUUAAAUUAUAUUCUUCCUAAGAAAAUAGCUCACUGUGAUCGAAAGUACAUAUGUCAUUUACUCAUGUAUUUCACAACUGAAAUGUCGUCUAUGUAUCACACGAUGUAUGCAAAUUUUGACACUACAUAUGUAAAAACAUAUUGUCUGAUAGAGCCUUGAAUAAUAUAUUUCCUAUUUUCUUAGAAAAAGGAACGACCUUCCAAACUCUAUUUGUUUUGAUUAUUAUCAAUAUUAUACUUGGGAAAAGCAUAAGUAUUUACAAAAAUGUGAAGCGGAACUUAUACAGUUUUUUUCUAAAUUUCCUCAGGGCUGGUAGGAAACUAAUGCACAAAAAUGCAAAAAAUUGCUGUUUUCGAUUUAUGUUACUCCAAAGCCAAAUAGAGUACAUCAGAGGUGAAGACACAUAAACAGCAUUUACGGCAGAAGAAUAAAAGACAACUACAACCCCACUCCUUUACCAUAAUUUUCUGCAAGAAAUAUUUCAAAGCUACCAUGUUUGUUAUGAGUUUUCUCCUUAAACUAUGUUCACACUCACAUCAAAGAAAAUCUAAAUAAUGCGUUUUAUAAAAUAAAAUUAGCUUUCAAUAGAACUUAAAUCGUAGUUUAUACAACGUUUAAACUGCUAAAUCCAGUCGAUUUCAAAUGUCACUUUCAUAACGUAUACGUCACGUAAUUAGUUUAUUCAGUGGAUAUUAUUUGACGUAUACGCUAUGGAAUUGACAUUUAAGAAUGAGUAGAUUUCGUAAAUCUAAACUUACUUUUAGCCUUUAGUCCUAGCAUGGUAGAAGAAUACAGGUAGAUGCAUGAACGCUAAGGAAUAUGAAUAUGUUAAAAAAUGUUAAACGUCUUUUCAAAUAUAAGUAGAUUUUUUCAAUUCCAAAACUGGUUUGAGAGUUCAUUGUCCCAGCAGCUGUGUCAAUGCGUCUACCUAUAUUCUUCUACCAUGAGACCUAGAACUGAACUCCAAAAAAGGCGACGGUGGCAAAACCAGAAAUAGCUUGGCUAUAUUACGAAGCAAUAUUAAGCUGGUGGAUGUACCCAGUAUUUAAAGUAAGACUAAAUGUCAAAAAUUGCUUAUGUUUCGUACGAUGUUUUCAAUCACAAUAACCAUGGUACAAUGAAGUAAAGGUAACCUCAUUUGGAAUUCCCAGUUCUGCAUUUGCUGUAAUUUACCUUGUCAAAUCCCAUCUCUGAUUUUGUGUGUAUACCAUGGAUUUAUAAAUAUAGAUUUUGACAAUGAGAUGUUGUCAAAUGUAUAUAUUUGAAAAAAAAAAUGUAAACAUAUGAUUACAUGACUUUACCUUCUUAGUUCUACCAUGAUAAUAACGCAUUUUGACAGCUAGUCUGAGAAUCAGCUGUGACAAGAGGAAUACUUAAUUUUGACGCCAUACUUAUAUCUAAGCUUAAUUAAACUGUUUUAAAAAAGGAAGAUGAUUUCUACCCAAACGAUAAAUGUGCUCAACUCUUAAAGCCACCAAAAUAUUCCUUUAAGAAAUUUCAUGAAAUCACAAAACUUUGUUAUAUCACUGGUGCUUAAUAAAAAGGAUUCUACAUAUAUAGGGUCACAAUCUGUUCCUUAAAUAUGUAGCGUCAAAUAGGUCUUGAGUUAUUGUUUGAAUUUCCUACUCAUGGUAGAAGAAUACAGGUAGUCGCAUCGACACAGCUGCUGGGACAAUGAACUGUCAAACUGAUUUUGGAAUUUAAAAUGUUGAAUGAAAAAUUAUUGAAAUUUGUAAAAAUUGUUGAAAAAUUCAUUUUAUAAAACCUCCAAUUGGCGUCGCAUCAAAACAACAUUUAAAACCUACUUAUUUUUUAUUUAAACAUUUAAAAAUUUUGACAUAUCAAUGUUCCCAAGCGUUGAUGCAUCUACCUGUAUUCUUCUACCAUGUUCCUACUAUAUCACAAAUCAGCUGUUUUUCUUGGAAAUUCCCCACAUUGCAUUAAUCAAACUUUUUUUAAAUAAUUCGUACUUCAUUGUCGGGGAUACUUUUUAUGUCUUACAAUUGCAUUGCUUAUAAAGACCUACAUUUUUUAACUAUUUCCCAUUUCAGUCAAUAUUAAAUAUCAAAAUUCACAACUGUACUCCAACAAGCAUUUUUAAUAAAAUAUAUCUCAUGGGACAUAUUAUUUAA